AUGGAAGAGUUGGGUGGUAAAUAUUUUUAUGAUCUCUUUUCAAGAUCAGUUUUUCAAUCGUCAAGUAAUGGUGAAUCAAGAUUUAUAAUGCAUGAUCUCAUGAAUGAUCUUGCACAAUGGGUUGCUGGAAAAACGUGUUUCAGAUUGGAAGAAGAAUCAUCAAGGGUUGAAGAAAAAGCUCGCCAUUCCUCUUAUGUUCGAGGCGAAUUCGAUUGCAUCAAAAAGUUCCAACCCUUUCACAAGAUCACGUGUUUACGAACCUUCUUGCCCUUGGCGAAACAAGACACAUAUGGCUAUGGAAGAAAUGGCUACUUAACAAGUAAUGUUCUCUUUGAGCUGCUACCAAAGCUACGAUAUUUAAGAGUGCUGUCUUUCAGUCAUUGCAACAUCAGUGAGGUACCAGAUUCAGUUGGGCUCUUGAAACAUUUAAGAUAUCUUAACCUUUCACACACUAAAAUCAAAACUUUACCAGAGUUGAUAACUUCACUCAAAAACUUGCAAACACUAUUGUUGAGAGGAUGCCAACGGCUAAAGACGUUGCCCUCAGAAAUGGGAAAUUUGAUCAAUCCUCGUCAUCUGGAUAUUGCAAAUGUAGACUUACCCUUUGUUUACAGUACUGGAGCUGAUAUAGUAGCCCUGAAAGACUUGAAAUUUCUUCGAGGGUCACUCCGGAUUUCCGAGUUGGGAAAUGUGGUUGAUGCUCUGCAAGCGAGGGAGGCCGAGUUAAUAGAUAAGAAGGAACUAGAUGCUUUAUCGCUGGAAUGGGAAUGUGAUGAUACAAGAAAUGAGAUAAAUAGACUCGAUGAAGAUGUUCUUGAGUCGCUGCAGCCGCACAGAAAACUGGAAAAGUUAUCUAUAAUAGGCUACACUGGGACAAAAUUCCCAUCUUGGGUGGUGCAAAAAGGUGGUUGUAGAUAUCUGGUUGACCUUAGAUCACUAAGCUCGGUGCGAUUAAGUGGGAUCGAAAACCUUACAUCCCCAAAUGAUCAGUGCAUGGAGCAAUUAAAGAGGACCAAAGAUUUGACGGUUCAGGGGUUUCAUUUUGGCUCUUCUAUGGGGGAUAUUCCGCAAUGGGUGUUUAAUAAAUGUCCUCAACGAACCUCAGUGGUAGCUGCUGGAGAAGAUGGGAAGCUCCUACAGUGGUUGAAUGGCAGUGAACUUGAAUUUUUGGAGUUACGUGGUUGUAUAAAUCUUAAAACACUGGCAAAAUGGCUUCAUAGCAUCAAGUCCCUCAGAAACCAGAGGCCCUCUUUCGCAUCAUGUAUUGUUUCCUUCCUACAAGCUAAUUAUUCUCUUUCCAAGCUGAGAGUGAUUCGCAUUGAAAAUUGCUAUGAUCUUACUUCUUUACCCGAUGCAAUGAUUUACAAAAGUACAUGUCUUGAAGAGUUGAAAAUUGAAAGCUGUCGUUCUCUGAAGUCCCUUGUAAGAGGCCAGCUACCUCCAACUCUAAAAAGGCUGGUGGUAGAUUCUUGCCCUGAGUUGAGGAGCUUGUCGCCGGGUGGAAAUUUACCAGCUAGGCUUCAACACCUCGAGAUUGUUGACUGCUUUUAG